CUCCUAGGUGAGCGAAAAUGGGCGAUGACAAAUCUGGCAGCAGCGAUUUGAUUUCUCUGAACGAGCUAUUUGACAGUGGCUUUAACUUGUACCUCGAAAUAGAGAAGUCAACUGAGAGUGCCAAUGAGAAGACCUACCAAGACAAAGUGCAGGAGGCGACCACACGGUUUGAGAAUGCGACACAGCUCGUCAACGAAAUCGGGAUCUUCAGCGAAAACGAAGAACUCGACGAAGUAGCCACAGGCCACUUGAAGUUUCUACUGUUGCCAGCAUUUCUUGGAUCCCUAAUGCAGAAGAGAGUUGGGACGGACCGAAGUGAACUCCUGCAAUUUUCGGAGGUUUACUACCGUGACUUCCUAAGGCGAUGUCGGAAUUACGGAGUCACCAGCUACGAAUUGCCCGAAGCAAGAGACGACGAUUCUCCUGAGGAGAAGCCGGCUACGAGUCCCAAGAAGUCUGAAUCGGAAAGCCUUGUCGAUGCUUGCAGGAAACGAAAAGAGAAGAUAGCCCGCUUCACGGAGCAGAAGGCCAUGGAAGAGCGGCAACAGCAGCUCAAGGAUCUCAUCAGCAAUUCCUCUGCGGAUGAUGAGGCCGUGAGGGAGUACUACACCAUUCUACUUAAAUAUUGGGUGAACAAUGCAAUCGAGGAACUUCACAGCAUUGAAGAGGAGAAGCCCAUCCUCCAGUACAUGGCCAAAAUGAAGGCACAGGGAAGGCCAACGCACGAGGCGUCGACGCAGCAGCAGCCAAAGAAGCCACUGCGGCCCAUCAUCAUCACGCGAAACAAGAUCCAGAAGCAGGUGUAUGGCGUCGGCUACCCAAGUAUUCCCAGCAUGACGGUCGACGAAUUCUAUGCCCAGCGUUACCCCAAGCAGGAGUCCUCCAGUUCCGAAGCUGUCAAACCGUGGAGCCUGCAAGAUAUCGCAGCAGAUCCGGAGAAGGCGUCGCGAGAGCUGGAGGAGGAAGAGGCCCAGAAAGAGCAGCUCACCGAGGCCGAUGACCAGGGAGCCCUGGACUACAAACGCGCCAUGGACGACUGGAAGGACGAAAAUCGAAGAGGAAGUGGCAACAGAAAAAACAUGGGCUGAAGAUCAAGAACAACCCUUCUCUCUUACUUGACGAGAUUCCCAGUGAUCCAGUGGGCAUUGUGUAUUUAGUCAGCUGGCCUCGUGUAGCAUUGUGUUUUAAAACAAGCCAUCUAUUCGAGGCUAUUUUGUGCUUACAAUGAGUGUGUUAUUAAAUGAUGUUUUAAUUUUUUG